UAACCGGUACUCGCCGGUAGCACAUGGACUGACAAUUUGUUACAGCUACAUUUGGACCUUAAACUAAGGUGUUCAGAGUAAUUUUACACGUCUAUCUAAACCCCCUAAAACGUGUAAAAUAACUCUGAACACCUUCAAAGUUUAGGUCCAAAUUUAGCUGCGAUAACGUACAUAUAGUAUCAUUUGACGACGAUGUAAUGCGGCCAUUGGCAUUGCAGAGGAGGCUGUUUUUUUCGUGGGUGCCCAAGUCCCGCAUCGCCUAUAGAUGUCUUACAAAACUCGGUUUGCUUUCGCCAUUGUGGUUGCUGUGUUACAGAUAGCUGGGAUUACCUCUGCAUCAACACCUUCAGCAGUGAUGAACCCGACGUCCACCUCGCUAACUGAAUCAAAGAUGCUGAACCUCACAUCUGCGUCAAACUGUGCUGCCCUGGGAUACCCCGGGGCCAUUCCACAUAUCCUUAACGGAUAUGAAAAGGGCCUGGGUAGAUGUUGCUUUGGUAUUGGUGUUAUCAAAGGAGGUUAUAUAACAAUGUGCCCUGAAAAUGGCGCAAAGGAUGAGUGGCGGCCAUGUCCACCUGGGACAUGUAACAAAAAUAACAUUACCUCCAAGUAUCUAACCUGGAUUGAUCGUCUAUCUUCUGAGCGUGUAUGCUUGGCAUCUUCAGAAUGUACCAAUCAGGAAAUUAAAAAAGAAAUGGAUAUCAAGCGAAUCAAUGUGACCUUGAGCAUGGAUGGUAAUGUUAUAGGCUCUCUGGUACAAGAAAAAGAUACAGCUCCUAAUAUGACUGGCAGCAUUGAUCUCACUCCAGGUGUCUAUACAAUGGAAUGUACAGCAGAAGGUGGAAUUCCAGCCCCACAGUACACCAUUACAUCCAGUGGCGGAUCCCUCAGCAAAGGUUCAAAGGCCACUAUAGAUCUGACCUCAGAUGAAAGCUAUGUUGCUUGUUCUGUACAAGUCAGCAACCACUUCCCCAACCACAUCCUACGCUUCAACCUCCACGUGAAAUCAGUUGUAGAUCAGGAGCCUGAUAUUACUUGUAAUGGUGUGUCUGCUGUACCUGGAGACAAAAGAGCGGUUAUAGACUGUACAGUAACGGCUCCAGAUGUCACCUGUGGGAAAGUAGUGUGGCAUUCUGGCGUAAGUGGCCAGGACUUUACACACAAGGGCGGCAAAAAAAGACGUGUCUUCAUCAGUUGUAAGAGUAUCGGUCAAAACAGUAUUUGGACACAGCUGGAGGUGCGUGACCUUGAGAAGAACGACUUUGAGGACACAUUCUAUAUUAAGGUCGAAGGGGGACCUGGUGGGGACUACCAACAAGGACAAAAGAUCAACGAGAAAAGUAUGGCAAGCAACAAGUCCAACACAUUGACAGCCACCAGCACCUCAGUUCUUUCAGCACUGUACACAGCUUUUGCCUUAAAAUUAAUAUUGUCCAUUGAAGAUGGAUAGGUAGGCUUAUAGCUUUGGGUUCAAAGAUAGCUCAAAGUGAAGACAAGAUAAGUGAUCCGUCCUAGGUUUUUUCCAACUUUAAAUGCUGUGUUGAUUAUUUCAUUGUAUGAUUAAUGCUAUAAAAGGAUGAAAUACAUAUGAAAACGACCAAUAGAUUAAAGAAGAAAUGCCAAAAUUUACGAAAAGGCGAGUACAUUUUCGCCGAUUCCAGAUGACGUGUUUGUAAGUCUGGAAGAAAUAUUGACCUCUAUAUGAACGCUUUCUAUGGUUUAAGUGAACGCUGACAAUGUGAGGUAAUGACCCAAAAAGCCUCAAGCACAUGACAGCCUCUGUAGUAAGGAAAACAUAGAAAAAACUCACCUUCAACUGCAGUCCACCAUCUGUGAUCACCGCCUGCUCUUUGACAUUCACCAUCAUUCAUCAUGAUGAACAAAUUCAUUGUCUAAGACAACAGAAAAGAAAAUUCUUUUAAAUUCUUUCAAAUGUUUUUCUAACAAAAGUAUAUGUCCAGCAGUAAGCGAUGUUAGUCGAAGAUCAAAUUCAUCAUAAACACUUUAUAAUACCACCGGUUAACUAAGGAAUUCUACACAUAUGUAAUGUUUCAGGGAUAGUUAAUAUCUCACAUUCCCGAGGUUGUGUUUUAUUUUUAAUUUUAAGGAACCAAAGAUUUUUAUAUAUUUAUAUAUAUAGUACACGCUGUGUCGCAAAUCAUUCCAUUUUAUUUGUAAGCAGAGUGUGUGUAAUGGUUGGAUAGUUUUGAAAAUUGGAAAAAGAAAUUUAGCUACAAAAUCUGUGAUAGUGUUUAUUUACUGUGAUAGCCAAAUUGAACAUUGUAUUUUUCUAUUUUUAAUGAGAUCUGUAAAU